AUGGGAAUUUCGCAUCCGUAUCCAACCUCUCACCAGCCCACCGCGCCUGUUCAUCGUUGGAGAUUCGUCUUCUCCCUCCUCGUUCCUUCACCCGCUGAGGAUUGAAAUUUCUCAACCCCAAAGUCGAAAUGUCCCACGCAAUGGGUCCAGUUAGCCACGGCGGCUCCCUUGGAGCAAGAGCCUUCAACCACUCCCGCGCCGACGAUGCCGAAGUCGAAUACGACCGCCUCCGCGACCUCGCACGCGCCGAAGCCUCGAAGCGCUCCAACUGCUUUGCACGCUCCCACGACGCCUACUCUGCCGGCGAUGGCGCCGCCGCCAAAAAGCUCUCCGAGGAGGGCAAAGAGCACGCUGCGAAGAUGACCGCCUACAACAAGCAAGCCUCCGACUUCAUCUUCCGGGAGAACAACGCCGAUGGCAAGGUCCCCGCUGAUACGAUUGAUCUGCAUGGGCAGUUUGUGGAAGAGGCGGAGGAUAUUGUGGAGGAGAGGAUUAAGUAUGCGAGGAGUACGGGACAAACGCAUCUCCAUGUGAUUGUGGGGAAGGGAAAUCACUCCCCGGGGCAUAUUCAGAAGAUUAAGCCGAGGGUCGAGAAGGUGUGCCAGGAGUUGGGGUUGCAGUAUAAUACGGAGCCCAAUGAGGGCGUGUUGUAUGUCAACCUCCAGGGCGGAGCGCCGGUCAGGCCUCCGCAGCAGCAGCCUUCGGGGGGGCAGGGAGGGUACCAGGGUGGACAGGGGGCAUACCCGGGUGGUGGACAGCAGCAGCAUGGUGGGCAGCAACAGCAUGGUGGUCAACAGCAAGGUGGCCAGGGACAGCAGCAACAGGGCGGCCAGGGCGAGAUCGAGAAGCUGGCUCUCAAGAUGCUGCCAAAGAUUCUCCAAAAGUUGGAGAAGGCAUGCUGUGUUAUGAUGUAAAUGCGGGAUGGGACUUUGUUAUUCGCGGAUGCUGGAG